UAAAUGGAAGCAGUAAACCAGUCUAUGGUGUCUGAAUUUACUAUUCUUGGGCUUUGCAAUUCAUGGGAGCUCCAGGCCUUCCUCCUAGUGAUGUUUACUUUUCUUUAUUUGAUCACCAUUUUAGGCAACAUCUUCAUUGUGCUCCUAAUUGUCACUGACCUUCGUCUCCACUACCCUAUGUACUUCCUGUUAGCUAAUCUUUCUUUCAUUGACUUCUUCCUUUCUUCAGUCACUACCCCUAAAAUGAUCACAGACUUUCUUAAGGAAAACAAGACCAUCUCUUUUGGAGGCUGCAUGUGUCAGAUUUUCUUUGGACACUUCCUUGGAGGAGGUGAGAUGGUAUCGCUUGUUUCAAUGGCCUACGACCGUUAUGUGGCCAUCUGCAAACCACUCCAUUACACCAGCAUCAUGAACAGACAAAUGUGCAUUGGGUUAGUGAUGACAUCAUGGAUCAUUGGCUUUGUGCACUCAAUAAGCCAACUAGCUGUGAUUAUAAAGCUGCCCUUCUGUGGACCCAGGGAAUUGGAUAGCUUUUUCUGUGAUAUUCCAUUGGUGAUCAAACUAGCCUGCACGGACACCUAUAUUCAAGAAAUGUUGAUAAAUGCUGAUAGUGGGGUACUGGCAACCAUCUGCUUCAUUCUGCUGCUGGUCUCUUACUCUUUCAUUCUGUUUACUGUCUGCCUUCACUCUAAGGAUGGGGUGUCCAAGGCCCUUUCCACCUGUACUGCCCAUAUCACAGUGGUGGUGUUAUUCUUUGGGCCUUGCAUCUUCAUCUAUCUGUGGCCACUAAGCAUCACCUGGGUGGACAAGUUUCUUGCUGUAUUUUAUGCAGUCAUCACACCUCUCCUAAAUCCAGCCAUUUACACCCUGAGAAACAAAGAGAUUAAAAAUGCCAUUAAGAGACUACAAUGUUAG